AUGGCUGCAGCUGAGAAGGGACACAGACAAGUGUUUGACUUACUUGUGACACAAGGAGCUGAUGUAUCAUUAGUGGAUGGGAACAGAAACAACAUCCUUCAUGUGGCCUGUCUUGGAGGACAUGUAAACAUGGUGAAGUAUGUUCCGUCACAGAAGGUUGCAGACAUCAACAGUAGGGGGCAGUACGGGAGGACAUCCCUGAUGUUGACAGUCGGGGCUGGACACAGACAAGUGUUUGACUUACUUGUGAGGGAAGGAGCUGCUGUAUCAUUAGUGGAUGAUAACAGAAACAACAUCCUUCAAUUGGCCUGUCUUGGAGGACAUGAGGACAUGGUGAAGCAUGUCCAUGCACUGAACGUGGAGGACAUCGACGACAGAAAUAAGCAUGAUAAUACAGGUUUUGAUCUCCUGCUUGCAACACAGGGCAACAGUCAUGUCUGA